GUCAGCCGUUUUACCUUAGCAUCUGUUGGAGUUGCUUACUCCCCAAGUUCAUCUGUCUAGUUUGGCUGUGGAAGAAUCUGGGCUGUACUAUGGCUGAUGUGAAAAACUCUUUCACACAGGAAGAAGUGCAGGGUAUAAUCAAACAGGUACUUGAUGAAGUGAUCGGCCUCAGCCCAUAUAAUUAUGCCGACAGCCUUAACUGGAAUAAGCAGGCUGUCGAGCAGAUAACGAAAAGGCUCGUGGCAUUGAACCGACCCUAUAAAUAUAUUGUGAAUUCUUCCCUUCUGCAAAUUGGUAAUGGCACUGGUAUGAAUGUAAGCACAAUUUCGUACUGGAACAAGGCCACUGAUCAGUCGUGGCAGUAUCGUUGGGAAACGAAGAAUAUGCUGGUAGUUGUGUACGUAUAUGCGUUGGCAACGUCGUAAUUAUGAAGGGUAGUGAAUGUUCACUUCACGGCUAUUCUUUAUUUUUCUGCCCUUAUCAUAUGUGGCUUACGUUAUUUUCGAUAUCACACAUCAUCUUAGACAGUGAAUUACGUUGUCUGUCAUCAUAAGAGAGCAAAAGAAUGACUUGACAUCAUACUUCUCUUCGUUAAUGUCAUUUUGCUUUUAUUUCACCAAUUUACACAUAUUUGUAUCGCCUUCAGGAGUACGGUGUUCUCUUGUCGAUGUGUGCGUGUUUUCUGAUAGCAGCUUCUAACAUUUCUUGACAUUGUCUGACACUUACAACUUUAAAAAUUCAGUGUUUAGAAAUGUUCUUCAUUGUUUCCCUUUUUCUCUUAUGGUCGAAGUUCUGUUUUUCUGCAUCGUUUCGUGUAUAUCCUGGAGCUUUCCAUUGUUUGUUUUUGUUAGCAGGAUGUGAUUGAGAGAAAUAGCCAGAAGGAGAAGGAUGCGUGAAGUAGCUUACGCCCAUGCUAUGCCAGCGUCGCCUGAUCGCCAGCUCACCAUCGUCAUCACACGCCACACCCCGUACACGCAUUUAUACACAGAUAGGUAUUCCAAAGUAUGAAAUGUUGCUGUGACGCCAUUGCUCCAGCCGUUUCGUCGCCGUCUUGUCGUUAUAUACUGUUUGUUGAGCUAUAGAGCCAUGAUAGCAUCACUUGUAGUAGAGAUGCCAUCGAUGUUUCGCCGAUGUUAUAUUUGAAUGUUUGAGUUUUCUACCUUCUUCUUCUCAUUCGCUCCCUGAUGUACCGGUUCUGUUAUCGAAAGUUUGAUGUCUAAGUUGUUUUUGAUCAUAAUAUAAUAAAAUUUCUAUAAAAUU